UUCUUAUUAUUGAUAAUUUAUUUUACUAUUCCUAUAAAGCUCUUCAUCGCCAAUCUCGAAACCUGAACAUUUGCUGGUGAGUCAAAAUGGAGGAGGCAAAGAAUAUGGCGUUGCUGUUCUUUAUGGAUCAUUUGAUGCAAAAGAAUGGUCGGCGAACUAUACACGACCUGAGCUGCCAGUUUGGUGCACGCGGAUUUUCUGAAGAAAUGCGAAACGCCGUUGGCACCACGCAGGAGGGGCUUACCGAAUUUCUUCAGCAGCACCCAUCCCUCUUCACCCUUGAGGGAGAUCAGGUGAUAUUGAAUGGAUUCGGUGAUAUAACAGCCAAAAACAAUCCCCUUCUACAAUCCGCAUCUCGUAAUCGCGAUUAUGAAAAAGAGGCUGUGGAGUUCUUUGUCAUGAAGCUUACAAAAUUCGGGCCGGAAUUGCAGAUAAAAUCCCUACUUGGUCAUCGCUCACAAGCUGCACCGGAGGUUCGACUUGUGUCUGGGCGUCAUCUCAAAGAGUUCUGCGAAUUUCUACAGUCACAGAGUGAAUAUUUCGUUGUCGAAGGGGACCGUGUGCGUUUGAAGAAUAUGCCAGAGCCAGAUGAUAAUGCUAUCGAACUUGAUGAUGAAGGGAAACCGCUUGCUGGAGUGAAAGCUAAGCAGGCCGCCGUCGAAUAUCUAAAAAGCGUUUUGGAACAGAAUGAGGACCAACCAAUACCACUGGAUAUGUUUUAUCAACGUUUCUGCCAACGUUUCUCACAUUCCAUAAGACAAGACGUCGCUACUAAUCCCAAAGAACUUUUACAAUUUUUGAAACUCAACCGAGGACUAUUCUUUAUUAGAAGUAACAAAGUGACUCUGGUGAAGAACAGACCAUCUGAGGAUGGUAGUGAGAAUGGAUCCGACGAGGGCGACUUGGAGAGCAAUAACAAUAGCGUUUUCCCAUUGGACCAAAACGCUUUAGCGCGAAUUCAUUUUGUGAAAGCUCUGAAACCCGCACAGGAACUAGUCGAGCGAUUGUGGCAAGACAUCAAUACCCAAGAGAAAAAAGUGGUUGGCUUAGAUUUCAAAACUGUAACUGUGGGUAUCGAUGGCGAACUCUUCUUAUCCUUGUGUGUCGUAGCUACUCAAUCCCAGAUUGGUGUAUUUGACCUUGCCUCCAGUGAUGUUAUUAUCAUGGAAAGUGGUCUCAGGGAUAUAUUGGAAAGCGACAAGGUCACAAAGGUGAUUCACGACGCUCGACGUGUUGGAUCUCUGCUGGCUCACAAAUAUGCUGUACAUAUGGUUAACGUUUUCGAUACACAGGUAGCACAUUCGGUGCUGCAGCACGACAAAUUCGGCAAGCCACUUCAUGAUAUGCGGUCGAUUUCGUUCGUCAAUCUUCAGCGCGUUUAUUACCCACAGUCGAUAAUGCUUAGUGACGUUACACCUCGGAAACUUAGUCAGAGUCCAAACUGGGGCAUACGUCCCAUGAGCGAUGAGCUUUUACUCACUUCUGUUGAAGAAGCUCACUGUCUGCUUUCUGCACUUCACCAAACGCUCUCUAAUCUAAUACCAGUUCACCUACGUGGCCUUUUCGAGGAUAAAUGCAUAGAAAGCUUCAACGCGGGGUCGUGGGCCGCCACCCACCUACAUGCAGCAGUCGUAUGGGGAACGCGAUGCGGGGUGAAAAUUGCGAGCAAGAACCUCGAUGAGGUUGAUGAGUGGCUUUCGGAUGGUAAAGAAAUGUGUCGCUUCCAGCGUGUGCGUAAUGAUAUAUACCAAGUCGGUUGUAUAACAUUGCUAAUCCGAACAAGGUAUUGGAUACUAAAAUACCCAUUCUGGACUGCUUAUGACGCAUUCUCAGUGACGACUUAA